AAUUUAAACACUACUUUCAAUAUCUUCACAGAAGUGACGAAGAAUUUUAGGGGUUGAAAUUGCAUUAAAAUGAUUAAAUACAUUUUAUUAGUUUCUUUGGUCAUCGUAAUUACAGAGGCACUUCCAAAGCCAUGCUUUAAGCAAAUAGAUUGCGCACAAGAUGAGUGUUGUUUGAAAAUGGGAAAUGUUUUAAACCUUUGUCGCAAAAGAGGUACUAAAGGGGGAAAAUGCAGUGGAUUAGGUUUAACUAAACUAAUGCAUAAAGACGUUUACAUAGGCAAAUGUCCGUGUGUCGAAGGUUUAGAUUGCAAAAAGAAAAAUGAGGGUUUACUCGGGAAGAUAAUUCACACUUGUCAAGGUGAAAUUGACGAAGAAAAUCCAGACGAAACUUCAGACGAAGAUAUUGAAGAAUAACACAAAAUAUUUUUCAAAAAAUAAAAAAUUGCAAUCAUAA